UCAUUCGUCUGCCUUAUGUGUAGCUUCUGAAUUAAUAAAGUGACCUUAGUUAUUGCUUUGUUACCGUAACGCUGCAGUCGCGCCGAUGCUUGUAACACCAGCAAAGCAUCACGUGUGUCAGAAACGCCCGCCUUUGAAAGUGCGCUUUAUAGCGGCCUUCGGCGUUAAUUUGUCAUCCCGUUUAUUUUAUCAGCAUUAGCGCGGUAUUCAGCUUGUCAUGGGUCCUCUCUCUCUCAUAGGGGGUCGAUCUUUUCUCCGCCAGAUGCUGCCAGGCCUGCCGAUGCUUAGUCGGGAUUACUCCCUUAGCAUUUCCGCGGAUUUGCUGCGGACGCGGGCGUUUAUCGAUGGCCGCUGGGUGUCCGCCGCUUCCUCCUUCCCAGUUGUGGACCCGGCGACGGGCAGGGAGAUCGCCAGCGUGUCCAACUGCGGACCCCGGGAGGCCGAAGCCGCUGUCCGUGCAGCAUACGCGGCUUUCCAGGAGUGGAAGCGGCGCUCAGCGAAGGAGCGAAGCCUUCUCCUGAGGAAGUGGUACGAACUGCUGACACAGCACAAGGAGGACCUUGCUAAACUGAUCACUGCUGAAUGUGGUAAACCCAUGAAGGAGUCCCUGGGAGAGGUCGCCUACUCGGCCUCCUUCCUGGAGUGGUUCUCGGAGGAGGCCCGUCGUGUAUACGGAGACAUCGUCCCUUCGCCUGCCAAGGACCGGAAGAUACUGUUGCUGAAGCAGCCAGUGGGCGUGGCCUCCAUCAUCACCCCGUGGAACUUCCCCAGCGCCAUGAUCACCAGGAAAGUGGGCGCGGCUCUGGCUGCCGGCUGCACCGUCGUGGUGAAGCCGGCCGAGGACACGCCCCUCUCUGCUCUCGCUCUCGCUGAGCUGGCUGCACAGGCUGGGGUCCCGGCCGGAGUGUUCAACGUGGUGCCCUGUUCUAGGGACCGAACCCCAGCUGUUGGAGAGAUCCUCUGUACAGACCCCUUGGUGGCCAAAGUCUCCUUCACUGGCUCCACUGCCACUGGAAAGAUCCUUCUGAAGCAUGCUGCUGACACCAUAAAGAAGGUCUCCAUGGAGCUGGGUGGCCACGCCCCUUUCAUUGUCUUUGACAGCGCUGACUUGGACAAGGCUGUGGCUGGUGCAAUGGCCUCCAAGUUCAGGAACUCUGGCCAGACGUGCGUCUGCUCAAACCGCUUCCUAGUGCAGAGCGGGAUCCACGACCGCUUCCUGGAGCGGCUGGGCAAGGCCAUGGACUCGGAGCUGCGGGUGGGUCAUGGAUCUGAGCCCAGCACCACGCAGGGGCCCCUCAUCGACGUCCGCGCCGUGGAGAAGGUGGAGCACCAGAUCGCUGAUGCAGUGGCUCAAGGUGCGACUGUUCUCCGAGGGGGUCAGAGGCUUGAGGGCUCCUUCAUGCAGCCCACGCUCCUCGCCAACGUCACCACUGACAUGCUCUGCACCCGGGAGGAGACCUUUGGGCCCCUGGUUCCCGUCCUCAAGUUUGACAAAGAGGAGGAAGCUCUGGCCAUCGCAAACGCCUCCCAAGUGGGUUUGGCAGGGUACUUCUUCUCCAGGGACAUCGAUCAGAUCUGGCGCGUGGCCGAGCAGCUGGAGGUCGGCAUGGUGGGGGUGAACGAGGGCCUGCUCUCCACGCCCGAGGCCGCCUUCGGGGGGGUCAAGCAGUCUGGUCUGGGCCGGGAGGGCUCCAAGUAUGGCAUGGAGGACUACCUGGAUGUGAAGUACAUGUGCUUCGGAGGCCUGACUCCGUGAACAGCUGUGUGAAGAUGGGACACUGGGGGUGGAGGUCGGCGUGCAGGUUUAACUGGUGAUGUAGCUAUACUGGAGUUUCAGUGUUGAAGCGGCUUGUUUAUGAUGUGGAGAUGAACUGAAUGUGAAAGGAAUCUUGUAAAUAUUUAUAGAUCUUAAUCUUACAACCGGUUGGUGCAGAAUUUCAACAGAAAAAUGAAGGGCAUCCCAUGUAGUAAAGUCAUUUCUAAGUAAUCACUGCUCUUAAUAGUAGAGAUUAGACUCAGACAUCCAUUCGAAGCUGAAACUGAUUGCACUUAGUUUUAAAUUUUUUUUGGCCAUUUCAGUUUAAUUAACUGGAUGUUAUUGACCAGCCAUGGAUAUUCACAUGGUGAAUGCCACUGAAUUAUGGCUCCUUUAUUAAUUGUCUCCUUUAGGGUCAGAUUAUUAUUGAUAACUGGUACAUAGAGAUUAGAUUAUAUUUUCAUAAAUGUUUUUAGAUAUGUGGUGAUGUCUUUUUCUUGUCAGUUCGGUGUCUUUUUAAAAGUCCUAACAAGAGUGUGACUGUGACAUUUUCAAUGCAGCUGACCUGAUUCAUUUAGCCGAAAUGAAAUCCGUCCAUUGCGACCUUGACCUGAACCCUGUCUUGUUCUCUGUAAGCACACAAAUGUCUUGCCAAAUACUGUGAUGUGUCACUAAAUGGUGACUUUGA